AAGUUUUUAUAGUGAUUGCCAUUGUUAUGGGUCUAGUGUUUUAAUUUGAACUCCGUGAGGUUUCACCUGACCUUAAAAUACUGGUCCACUUUUAAAUCGUUUGAUAGUGGAAACCUAACACUAUCUUGUACAAUCAAGAAAAACUAUCAGAUGGUCAUCAUUUUAAACUGUUAAAUAAUAAUAAUGCAUUACCUUCUUAAAAUAGCCUUAUCAGAUGAGAGAGAAGUUUUGACAGGAACUAUUCAUAAUUUUUAAGGUAAGAACAACACGUUAUCCGGAUUUGUCUCGAUUUUUUUUUUUCUUCUUUUUAUUUCAAAAAGUGAUAAUCGAAGUUUAUUAGUAUCUUGUAGAAGUUCCAUUACACUAAAUUAUUUAUUUCGUUUGUAUAAUCAUCAUGUUUCUUGUUCUGUGGCAUCUCAUAAUUUGAUGUUCAUUCUGUAUAAUAUAUAUGCUUCUUAAAUUUCCAAUAUGAAGUGAAUCCGGGUCCAUAGAGGGAUCUGUUCCAGUUAAUAAACUACUUGGAAUGACUCGGAAACCAAAGGAAAUUAGAGGUGUCAUAUGAUAUGUCUUUCUAACGUUACAGCAUCACAAACAAAUUAUCCAAGAACCAACCGACGUCUGCAUCCCUCUAGGAGUAUCGCUGUCAAUCAUUUAAUUCAGGACUAUCGGAAUCUGUCCGGAGUUAGAUCCCUCAUCAGUGACCGGCCAUUUAAUUGUCACCGGGUCCGUUGUUUAUAUCGUUGCUGCCAAUGGUUAAACACCUCUCGAUCAGCAGUUCUUUUUAUGGCUCAAUAACUUCUGUAACACUUGUGUAUGAAAACAAAGCGGUAAACUUUGGGGGUGGGGCUUGUUAAUAGAUAAGAAAUACAGAACUGUAACUAAACAUAAAUAUUUUUAAGCAUAGAACAUAAAAGCGUUUACCUGAGUGACUACUCUACUACUAUCGGAUUGCAGUAGUACAGACAGGAUGCAUCCUCAGGCAGUCAUGGACCCUUAUCAUUACUCAGUGCACUACCGUUCACCUGGGAAUAGUUCCGGAGUUCCUGCGUUUCAUCCAGAUCUUUCAAUGUUACACGACCAACCACCAACGUCAUCGGUCGGAUCCCCUACCCCCGGGGCAAUGAUUCCGUCCUUUGGAUUUACACAGGAACAAGUUGCGUGUGUGUGCGAAGUUUUGCAACAAGGUGGAAACAUUGACAGAUUAGCUAGGUUUUUAUGGUCACUCCCUGCUUGUGAACAUUUACAUAAAAAUGAAAGUGUGCUGAAAGCCAAGGCAGUGGUGGCCUUCCACAGAGGAAACUUCAAAGAACUUUAUAAAAUUAUGGAAAGUAACAAUUUUUCACCUCACAAUCAUCCAAAGUUGCAGGCAUUAUGGCUCAAAGCACAUUAUAUUGAAGCGGAAAAGUUAAGAGGUAGACCUUUAGGCGCUGUUGGAAAAUACCGUGUGAGAAGGAAAUUCCCACUUCCUAGAACAAUAUGGGACGGGGAAGAAACCAGUUAUUGUUUCAAAGAAAAAUCUAGAACUGUUCUUAGGGAGUGGUAUGCUCAUAAUCCAUACCCAUCACCUCGAGAAAAGAGAGAGUUGGCCGAAGGGACGGGAUUAACAACAACACAAGUUAGUAAUUGGUUCAAAAACCGACGACAAAGGGAUAGGGCAUCAGAAACUAAAGACAGAGGUGAUCGUGAUCCGCAUUGUUCGCAAAGCAGUCAGGAAUCAAAUCAAGGAUCUCCACAGAGUGAUAAUAAAGACGGUGAUAUUAGCAGUGAUGACACAUUUACAGCACACACAAAAAUAGAACCACCAGACGAACACACCCAAGGCUCUAUAUAUACCAAUCUACAAAAGUCUUUGCCUGACAAUCCUAUGUUAAUGGCGGGAAAUCAAAAUCGACUUUCGAACGAUCAUGUUAGCAAUAUGUUUCAAAAUUUUCAAACUUUGUGACCUUAACGAUGUAGUGUUUUGUUGUAAAGCUACUGACCAAAGACAAAAACAUCCUGGAGUUCGGUGCAAGUGACAAAUAUAUUCAGGCAACACGGUGCCGACUGCUUGCCAUACAUGACGUUUAUAUAAAAACUGCAAUGAUAUUCCAUAUUUUGGUGCAUUUUAUGAUUUGUCUUAUUUUGCAUAAUAUUAGAACUUCAGGUCAAUUACACUGCAUCUAACUUUACCAUUGAAAGUUAUUUUUUUGAUAAAGGAUCAACGCGUUUUUAGAUGCAUCUUUCCUGACUUUUCUUAGAGUUAAGCUAGAACGAAUUCCUAUUACCCUUGUAUUGCUCUAUCAAGUUACAUUUCAAAUGGAACAUAUUCUUAUCAGCUAUGCCUUAAAGAAAAAGAAAAACUCGUCUAAUAACACUAUUAUUACGAGCGUCAAAUUGAAAAAUCUGCUUCCUUGUUAAUCAUAAAUCAUAUAACGAACUCUCAAUGGUAUUUUUAAACGCCUUGUAAUUAUCAACCAUUCUGUCGUAUGUGUAUCUGCUAUGACUGUUGUGAAUGUUUUGCACAAAUGUGUACUUUUCCUGUUUCUCUCCUACAUUCUUCAUAACAUACACAUAUCCUGUUUGUUAGUAUGACAAGAAUACCAUUCAUCACACCUAUAUUGUAAGACCCCAUCAAUCAUCACAAUAAUCUUUAAAAUUCGCAUAUUUUUAACCAAAAUUCCGAUCGUCCAUGAUAAGACACUAAGAAAUUGUUCCUUAUUUAUACUGUUCUGCUUUGUUUACAAUUACAAUUUGACUUUUAAGUGAAUGAAAAGCUGAUGAAAUCUAAACAAAAAUGUCAUAAUUGUGAAAAGUAAUAAUCGAGAAAACGGUUGUCUGGUGUCUCAUCUCAUAGUCUUGGAGAGUGUAAUAAGUACGAUGUAAAUAUAGCAGGAUAUAUAUCGGCAACACGGUAAAUAAAUGAUUUAGUGUAGAACAUACUAUAUUUACUAAUUAAUGCUACAUUGCAACUUAAUUUUUGACACCAGUUAAUCUUUUUCUCCAUUACCACUUUCAAUAUAGUGCUAUACUGAAUACAUAUCCUUGUUUGUCUGUGGGUUCUGUACUAAGACGAUGAUAUAAGGUCUCUUCCGAAAUGUUCCGAAGUAUUCUUUUUUUAUAAGUAAUAACUUAAAAAACCUACUUAACUAUUUUAGGUGACUAUGCAAAACAUUUGUCCAGCUUCAUUUAUUUACUAGAUAUAAAUAUUAUUUAUAUGUUGACCGAUAAUAAAUAAAAAUUAAACAUUG